CCUGACCGUCAUCACCCGUCGUCCUCAGCAACAGCGCAGCGCAAGCGGCCACGCUGCAACACUGGCCGCACGGCCGCACUGCCGCAAGCGUCGACGAAGCGUCCAGCCCCACCCACGCCAUCCUUACGACCCGCACGACCCCGCAACGUCAAGCGCCUGCCGGCUCACUCGGCGCGCCUCCACACGCUGCCGCGCGCGCGUAGCACCAACCUGGACUGAGAGCGCGCUUUCUGCCUUCGCAGCCUCGAGGCGUGAUGGCUUCGCGGCACACCACAGCCUCGCCUCGCGCGACGGGCUCCAACGACUCGUCGUCGCUCUCGCUGCCCAGCAGCCCUGCCGCGACGCCCACGUCGGUGGAGGUGGCCUGGACGCGCUUCUUCGAGCGGCACAAGCCGCUGCCGGCGCCGGCGGCACAGCGCGCCUCGGCCCCGCAGGCUCUGCGUCGCAGUCGCAUGCGCAGCGAGACGGAGUACCUCGAGUCGAUGCGCCGGUUGCGCAGGCUCGUGCUCAGCGGUGUGCCGAGCGAUGAGUUCGUGACGCCAUAUGGCCCAACACGCCCUCUGCUGUGGAAGCUGCUGCUACGCGUCUCAUGCCCCGCGGGUCCGUAUCUCACGCUGGUAGCCAAAGGGCCCUCGACGGCGCACGCCAAGAUCCGCAACGACACCUUCCGCACGCUAGCGACGGAUCAAGGCUUCAAGCGCCGUGUAGACGAGGGCAUGCUGGUGCGCCUGCUCGAAGCCUUCGUCUGGCGCAAUGAUGAUGGCGAAGAUGAGCCGACGGAUGGCACGAUGAGCUUCUCCUACGUGCAAGGCAUGAACGUGCUGGCCGCGCCGUUCCUCUACGCCAUGCGCAGCGAGCUCGAGGCCUUCUGGUGCUUCACCAGCUUCAUCGAGGAGUGCUGUCCGCUGUACGUGCAGCCGACGCUGGCAGGCGUGCACUCUGGGCUUGAUCUGCUUGACAGGUGCCUGCUACUCGCGGAUGCCGCCCUCUACACCCACCUGCGCUCCAAGAACCUCACAGCAGAGCUCUACGCCUUCCCUUCUGUUCUCACGCUUUGCGCUUGUACGCCGCCGCUGGACGAGGUGCUGCAGCUGUGGGACUUCCUCCUCGCCUUUGGCGCACACCUCAACAUUCUCUGCGUGGUGGCACAGCUGCUGCUGAUGCGCGAUGCGCUCAUGACCAGCACGAGCCCCAUGAAGCUUCUGCGCAGCUUCCCGCCGCUGCAGGCGCAGAAGAUCAUCGGCAUCACCGUCACGCUCGUGCGCGACCUGCCGGAUGCGCUGUACCAGGAGCUGGUCCUGCAUACUGGCGUGCGCGUUUGACAGUGCCCUACGCUGCGAGCCGGCCUUAUGAGGCUCGCUUCGCCUUCGGCACGUCGCUCGCCAAGCCAGCGCGUCCCCGCGCUCAUCAGGAGCCACUUACGAGCGCAUGAACCUUCACGACCCGUCGACGACGUCCGAGGCUUGGUCCCGCGAGCUGUACCUGUAGCUGUACUCCCGACACGAUGACUGUGACGCUCGAGCCCCACACGAUCGAGCAGGCUGCGGCGCCGCAGAAUCCCGAGAUGAAGCGUG